ACGAAGGGGACAUUAUCUCGGCUGCCGAUUAGCUAAGUCUAUUCCAAUAUGGCAGCGUAGUGCUCUUGGAGUAACGCGGCUGUUACAUGUCAACAUGUCUGUUCUCCGAGCUUGCUCUCUCGCCAAAUGCCUCAGUCGGCGCAGUUUAGCGGACGUUCGCAGGUGUUUUGCGGACCGCUGCCAGCUGUGUGUCUCUGUGAGAAGCGCCGCAGUCAGACGGAUUUCAGAAACACCUUUGUACCUUCAAAGAAGAAAUAUUUCAUCUGUAAUCCCGAAAUCGGAGGAUGCAAAGAAACGUGUUCAUGAACAGUCUCAGUUGUUAGAUGUCCUUGAAGCCAGGAUACAGCAACUCCAAUCUGACGUCGUUUUAGAUGUCCAACAUGCAAAAGUCCAGUUUCUUAAAUCUCCUUCUUUUCGGGGAGGUGUUUCAUCUGUAAGGACUCUCAAAGGAUCCUCUAAAGACAAAAGCGACAUUCCUAAAUCUGGGCAGGCGGUUACAAAAAGGGCCUCCAAGUCUCAGCCGAGCCGCUGGAUGGAAAAAUUAUCUGAGGAGCAGAAAAAUAAACUUAAGAAACAGCAGAUCCUCCAGCAGAAAAUGCAGAGAAACGUUAAAGAAAAGCUACCGGGGAAAUCUAAAGCUAGCGAAAGUAGCUCGAUGCCCACAAGUACAACAUAUAAAACUAUAUCUUCUGGCGCAAAGAAAAGGAGAGGUGGCAUGAAGCUGUCAGACGAAAACCGCUCCUCGGUUUCUUCAGCAGCCGCAGUAACAACAGCCGCCACCUCAUCAAAAGCAGCCGAGGCACUUAAAACAUCUAAACAGAAGCGGAGAGACUCAAAAAGUAAAGUUUCUGACAAGGACGCAACAAAUAAACCAGAGGACGGAGACCUGGCUGAGAUUGAGGAGCUUGAAAAAAGACUUAAUGAGCAAGCACAGCAACGGAUAUGUCUGAGUACGUUGGAGCGCUGCCAGGAGAGCAACACAAGAAGUUCAUGCGCGGACAUCCAGCUUAGCAUCCGCUGCUACCUGGAGGCGUGCGUGUUUAUGGGGGACGUCGAGCGCUCGCAAAGGUUCCUGCUCAGUCAGCACAGAGUUAUGAGUCGACGUAAACAGCUUACCACAGAUAUUUACAACAUUAUGAUGAGGGUGUGGGCCAAAAAGGGCACGUUGAAUCAAAUCGGUCGGAUCUUUAUUCUGCUGGAAGAAGCUGGUCUGAAGCCGAACGUGGGCUCCUACUCUGCUGCACUGGAGUGCAUGGGCCGAAAUAAAAACUGCCCCCCAAAAGUAAUUUCGAGGUGUCUGGAUCAAAUGAAGAAGGAUGGGCUGUCUGUGGAUGAUCUGUUCAGGGAGUGUGUUUUCCGACAAGAUGAAAGGGACAUGCUGCUGAAGGCAGUUCAGACUGUAAGACCAGACUACGAGCCCAGCCUCACCCUGAACAUGAGCCAGUGUUCCUCACCACUUGUUAAGGACUUCUACACAAAUAGGGAGCAUCACACUUAUCCCAAACUCGACUUCACUCAGGAGGCUCUCCAGAGGCGUUUUCAACAUCAGCUCAGCGUGGAGCAGGCCUGCACCGUCACCAUCGACUCUGUCGAGGCGAUGAAGCCCGCCACCGAAAACAUGGUUAAAAUGAGGGAACUGCUGGCAGAACAGCGGGCACAGUGGCAGAAGGUUCUCCUCCAGGCGCUCAGGGAGAACAAGAUGAUCCUGACCAAAACCAACACCAGGGACUACAAGCUUAACCUUUAUCCAUAUCUCUGUCUGCUGGAGGACAAGGAGUACGUUGACAUUAUGAUACAGAGUGUUUCUAACCUGCCUCCUAGUGGGGAGUCCCUGAAGAUUUUAGCUCAUGAUCUGGGCAACAGGAUCUACACCAAGUACUGUGUGAGACAGAAGCACCAGAAUUGCUUUGUAGAAAAGCUGCAAAGUAUUUAUGGUGCCUACACAGAACUGCUGGCCAAAGAUACCAAGGUGUACAAUGUCCUUCCAAGGGAGCAGUGGUGCAAACUGGAGAAGGAGCAGAGCUCAGGACCCACGCUACAGGGUGCAGAGACAAGUUGGCCAUAUGCUCUAAUGCUGGAGCUGGGAACCUUCAUUGUGGACAUAAUGGUGAAGAAUCUUAAAAUUAACAGUGACAUCCUGAACCCCGCCUAUGACAAAAAGCGCAUCCCCAUCCUCUACCACAUGUAUACCUUCCGCAGCACCAGACAGGUUGGCUUCAUCAAGCCACACCCCAUCUUGACACAGAUGCAGCAGGAAGCCAUGGAGACCACGCUGACCUUUGACUCGUCAGUGAUGCCGAUGCUGUGCCCUCCGGUGCCGUGGACAACGGAGAAGUUUGGCGCCUACCUGCUCACCCCGGCCAAGCUGAUGCGCGCCACGCACGGGGCCACGCAGCACGAGGAACUGCUGGAGAAGUGUCCGAAUCUCCACCCGGUUUUUGACUCGCUCAACCAGUUGAGUAAUUGCGCCUGGAGGGUCAACAAGCCAAUUCUGGACAUAAUCAUCUCGAUCUUUAACGACCGGGGCAGCGAUAAGCUGGACAUCCCUCCGCCUCUGUCAGAAGCCCCUAAAAUACCCCACUUCAACCCUCAAGACCCCGCUUACACAGCCAGCGAGAAGGCACACAUGAAACGAGAGGUGAUCAAUGCCAAGAAGAAGUGCAGCGAGAUGCACAGCCUGCGAAUGGACGCUCUUUAUAAACUCUCCAUUGCCCACCACAUGCGGGACAAGCUGUUCUGGUUUCCCCACAACAUGGACUUCAGGGGGCGCACCUACCCAUGCCCCCCGUAUUUCAAUCACUUGGGAAGUGAUGUGACUCGGGCGACGCUCGUGUUCGCUGAGGGGAAGCCUCUUGGUCCCAAGGGUUUGGACUGGCUGAAGAUUCACUUGGUCAACUUGACGGGGCUGAAGAAGAGGAGCUCACUGCAGGGACGUCUGGAAUUCGCCGACAGCAUCAUGGAGGACAUCCUGGACUCUGCCGACAACCCUCUGGACGGUAAAAAAUGGUGGAUGGAGGCCGAUGAGCCAUGGCAGGCACUGGCCUGCUGCAUGGAGAUCACCAACGCAGUCCGGUCACCCGAUCCAACCAAGUUUGUCUCUCACUUUCCUGUUCACCAGGACGGCUCCUGCAACGGCCUCCAGCACUACGCAGCUCUUGGCAGAGACGUUAUCGGUGCGACUUCAGUCAACCUCAUGCCCUGCGAUGUGCCCCAGGAUGUAUACAGCGGCGUAGCUCAGCAGGUCGAAGAGCUGCGAACUCGGGAUGCUGCAAAAGGCCUGAAGAUCGCCCAGGUUCUGGAGGGCUUCAUCAGCAGGAAGGUGGUCAAACAGACGGUGAUGACCGUGGUGUACGGAGUCACUCGUUACGGAGGGCGUCUGCAGAUAGAGAAGAGGCUAAAGGAGAUUGAUGAGUUUCCCAAGGACCAUGUAUGGGACGCGUCACAUUACCUUGCGCGCCUGGUGUUCAGUGGCCUAAAGGAGAUGUUUACGGGAACCAGAGAGAUUCAGGACUGGCUGACAGAAAGUGCCAGGCUCAUCUCCAAGUGUGGCCACACAGUGGAGUGGGUGACACCCCUGGGCUUACCGAUUAUUCAGCCUUACCACCGCACACGCAAUUUAUUGCUGAAGAGCACCAUGCAGCAUAUAAGCCUCCAAGUCACCCACGACACUAAAGAGAGGCCCGACACAGUAAAACAGAAGAAUGCGUUCCCGCCCAACUUCAUCCACUCUCUGGACUCCACACACAUGAUGCUGACUUCACUCCACUGCCACAGUGCCGGCCUGACAUUCGUCUCGGUUCACGACUGUUUCUGGACCCACGCCCUCACCGUGGACACCAUGAACAAGAUCUGCCGGGAGCAGUUUGUCGCCCUGCACAGCCAGCCGAUUCUGCAAGAGCUGUCCAACUUCCUGCAGCUCAGAUACUGCUCCACAAUCCAGAGUGAAGCCAAGAACAAGAAGUACCAGGAGUACAGGAGGUUGAUGUUGCUGCUGGCCAAAGUGCCCCAGACAGGUGAUUUUGAUCUGCAGCGGGUGAAAGAGUCCACUUACUUCUUCAGCUGAGAGGCCCGCGAGGGCGAAGCGGGCUUAAAGAGAUGAGUGGAAUUGACAGAGUUGCAGCAGGGAGGCUGCUGCUGGCCCGGGAGUCUCAACAGGCUGUGUCUCUCUCGCAGACAUGAGGACAUUGAUCUAGCCGCGCCCUGCCUGCCUUCCUGGCCCACAAACUGCUACCAGAGGCGCUCUCACACACACACACACACACCCACAUACACAGUGAACUCAUCUGAUUAACUGGCUUUCCGACUGCUGGAGAAGGUGGGCGGGAUGCACGUCAAGGUGAAAAAAAAUGAGGGAAUCGGCAUCGGUGGUGAAAAGAAAAAUACCUCGUUUGUCAGAUGUGUAUUUAGGUACGUAUUUGUUUAUUUGCCAAACUUGAAUCGACUGUGACCUGCGUCUUUUCGUCCGCAAGUCAGAAACACUUCUGUUGCUCAAUCACACUGACAAGAAAACUUUCUUACUGACUGUAAUGGGAGCUGAUUAGCGGUCUAAGAGUUUGUAUGUGUGUGAGAUGCUGUAAAGACCACCAAUGAGCUCUAAAAAGCAGGAAAAAAAAGAUUAGGUUUUUUUUUAAGGUUAAACUGAUCUUGGUUCUUACCCUAGAGAACUGAGCUUUUUUAAAUAAAUGUGUUUUCUAAAAUCUCCUGUCAUUUAUUCAACUCAAAAGAAGGCUGAUGUUUGUUCUGUCCUUUAAGCAGGAUGAAUGAGAGAUAUUUAGUGUUAUAUUUAAAUAUCGCUGUGAGAGAUGAAGGCCUCCCCCUUUUUUUUUUUUUUUGAUGCGCCACAAAGGCUUUCAAGGCAUCACUAAUCAACUCAGAUGUUAUUUCUCUGGGCCAGAACCAUAUCUGGAUGUAAAAAUAGCUAGAGUGCUUAUCUGAUUAUUACUGCAAACGUUACAGCUCUCUCAGACAAAAGGUGCUGCCGGCGUUCAAAGGAGAAGACGGCCGCGCCGCCAAAGAAAGCCGGCUGCUGUGACAAUGUAAUGAAAUGGAAAUGAUCUUGGAGUGUGUUGAUUACACUGUGGAGGGCUUUUUUUUUUUCUUUUUUUCUUGUGUCAAAUUUGCAUGGCGGCGUGCUUGCAGAGAGGCUCUUCAUAUUUUAUGAUGCACAUGGGAUUUGACUUUGAUCAGUUUGUUUUUUUUUUUAUUCUUGUUCAAAUUAUCUGUCGCCUCACCUGCUGGAUUGAGUUAACAGUGAUAUAUGCCCUGAGAUGCCUUUUCUUUUGCCUGAUGCUGGUGUUUGAUAGGGUUUAGUAACUUCAAGCGCCACAUACUAUUUUUGGUUCCUCUGGAAUAAAUAAGACUGGAACUUAAAGUA